AUGCAUCCACGCCAGAUUCUAGGCUCUAUCAAUGCGGCACAGCUCGGGACUUACUGUGCAUUAGCAAAUUUACGUCGGAACCUAUACAAAGGAGGGGUCUCAAAAGACAUUCUUGAUGCAAGUUUUCACUUCAAACUCUACAUAUCAGAAGCUGACCCAGAGGCGAUACAGAUCCUUGUCAACAACGACACUCCAACCAGCGCUCAGGAUAGCACCAACUUGGCACCAGGCGGCACAUCAGAUGCCGCAUCCCCGCAAUUGACUCGGGUCCCAGAACCUCCGACAGCAUAUGGAAUUUCUCCCAGUUAUCAUAACGAAAACGUCUAUAAAUACGCAAACUAUGGCAACCACAUGGUGGGCCAUACGUCGAAGGCCGUAGAAUACAGAGGUCAAUUCGAAGACAUCUGUUCUCCAAAUGAAGGCCAGGAUGGGUACUUCAACAAUAGCAACAACCGCACUGAAGUUGGCCGUGAUGGCCAGUUUCUGAGAAACGCCAAGCGUACGAUACAAUUGAGCAAUCUCCCAGAAGCGGCCACGCAUGCAGAUGUGACAGAUGCCGUCAAAGGUGGAAUGCUCCUUGAUGUUUUCCUUCGCAGUCAAGAUCGAGCUGCAUCGAUCUCUUUUCUGGACGGGAAUGCUGCCAAUGAUUUUUUCCGCUAUGCUAAACGCAACGAUCUUUAUAUCCGUGGGAAGAGGGUCACGAUUUCGUGGUCUGACCGUCACUUCACCCUCGCAAACCAUGUCGCCCAUAAGAUUGGAAUGGGUGCAACGAGAAAUAUCGUUAUUCGAUCCGCAGGUACUAGGCACACGGAUGAGUCUAUCAGGGAAGAUUUGGAACAUAUCCACAACCUAGUCAUCAUCAGCGUUAAAUUCGUCGACAGAGACGCUCAUGUAUCAACUAAUUCCGUCCACAAUGCCAUGUUUGCGAGAACCUGUAUGAUGUCACGAAGCAAAUACAAGGGCUGCAAAAUCGAAUGGGAUAUCGAUGAGUGUGCCGCUCCCAUCCCAGUUCUCAAACCACGCCCAAUUCAAAAGGAGAAUAGUGCCCCCAAGCCAAGGGCCCCAAUCAACCGAUUUGCUCUACUCAAUAUGGAUGGCGCUACAGAGAGCUCGACUGACGAAGAUUCAAUGCUGGGCAUGGACAGUUUUCAGUCAGACCUCGUCUCUGGUUUGAACGGGGUUGCUGUGUAG